CCCCUGAAGGAGAAGCUCCAGCGCCUUCAGUGUCACUUCACCUGGGACUUUGAGGUCAAGGACAAGAUGAACAUCCGACACACCUUGAUUACUCUGGCUUUCCGCCUGGAGCACGGCCCCCUCUGCAACCGGGGCACCUACCUUGCCCUCAAGGCCUACCUGCACCACCUGGAGGGGAGCCCCAAAGAGGCCCUGGCCAUCCUGCAGGAAGCCAAGGAGGUCCUGAGGAAGGAGCCUCAGGGGACCUUCUCACGCCAGGCCCUGCUGGUGUACGGGAACUACGCCUGGAUCUAUUACCACUUGACCGAUUAUGACAAGGUGGAUCUCUACUUGGCCCAGAUCCGCCAGAUCUGCCAGAACCUAUCCAGCCCUGAGACUUACUCCGCCCCGAUCCCGGAGGUCUACGCCCAGAAGGGCUGGUCCCUCUUGGCCAUGGGCUUCCGGAAUGGCCAUCUGGCCAAGGAAUGUUUCCAGAAGGCCCUGGAGCUGCAGGAAUCAAGCGUGGAGCUGCAGGAGGGCCUGGCUUUCUCCGCCUUCGCUUCCUGGACACAGUGCUAUGACGAGAAGUUAGAGGAAGAGAGCCAGAAGUUGCUGGAAGGGCUGAUCUGUAGCCACCCCGAAAAUUAUGAAGCCAAAGUAUACUUGGCACAGAUUCUCUGUAGGAAAGAUGAUGAAAGGGUGUGGCAUCUUGCCAACGAUGUGGUGCAGAACAGUCACAACCCGGAACUCCUGAGAAUUGCCGCCAAGAUUUAUAAGUUCCACUUUCUCUUCAAGGCCAUUUCCACCCUCAGGAAGGCCAUCUCCCUCUGCGGUGAUUACUAUCUCCUGUACUACGACCUAGGCAUCUGUUACAUGGAUCUCUUAGAUCGAGGAUUCGACAAGUACCGACCGGCGAUCGUGAAGGCGGCCAUUGGGUACUUCAAACGGUCUCUGGAAGCCAAUCCUGAAUCCAUGUUUUCCCAGCUGAAGCUGGCGAAGUUGUACGGAGAACGGUGCCCGCUUUACGAGGAGGAGGUGUACCUGGGCAUGAUGGAGGCCCUGCCAACCGCCAGCAAGAGGUGCCAGCAGUCUUUCUAUAUUCAUUGGGGGGAUUUCCUCGUCCGGAAGAAGGGGCAGAAGCAGGCAGCGCUGCGGGCGUACGUGGCCUGCUUGGCGGUGCCCGGGGACCACCCUCUGGAGCGGAAGCAGUUGGGGCAGCGUCUGGAAGAGCUG